ACGAGGACAAAGUUAGUUGGUGCUUAGAAUGCUGUAAAAAUCGAAUGAAUCAUCAACCCCUGCUUGAAAAUAAAAGUCUUAUUGCUUACAUUUCUCUCUUUGUAUCUAUCUUUCUUUCUACUCGUGUGUAUAUAUACAUACCAAGAUCAUUUGUUUUAGGUACUACAUCUCUCUCCCAGACUUUUUGCUCCCUGCAACAUUAAUAUUUUUCUUUAAGCAUCAUUUGCUUUCAGAUAGAAGAUGACAUCUGAAAAAUGGAGUAUUGAAAAAAGAGCACCUCUUAGAAAUGAUUCUGUUUUGAAAGAAGAGAAUGUGCCUGAAAUUGGGUGUCUUUCCAUUGUUGUUCUUGGUGCUUCUGGUGAUCUUGCCAAGAAGAAGACUUUUCCUGCACUGUUUAAUCUCUAUCGGCAGGGGUUUUUGCAAUCACAUGAAGUUUACAUUUUCGGGUAUGCAAGGACAAAAAUAUCAGACGAAGAGUUGAGAGAACGAAUUCGUGGAUAUCUUGUUCCAAGCAAGAAUACUGUUAAGGGGCAUGAAGAAGAUUUGACUAACUUUCUGCAAUUGAUCAAAUAUGUUUGCGGAUCUUAUGAUACCGAGGAGGGUUAUCAAUUACUGGACAAGGAAAUAUCUGCGCACGAGAUAUACAGAAAUAGCACAGAAGGAUCAUCCCGCAGACUCUUUUACCUUGCUCUACCUCCAUCAGUAUAUCCUCCUGUCUGCAAGAUGAUCAAGAAAUGCUGCAUGAAUAAAUCUGAUCUUGGUGGAUGGACUCGAAUUGUUGUUGAGAAGCCCUUUGGCAGGGAUCUGGAAUCGGCUGAGCAACUCAGUAACCAGAUAGGGGAAUUGUUUGAAGAGCCCCAGAUUUACCGUAUUGAUCAUUAUCUGGGAAAAGAAUUGGUGCAGAACUUGCUGGUACUUCGAUUCGCAAAUCGUUUCUUCAUGCCACUCUGGAAUCGUGACAACAUUGAUAAUAUUCAGAUUGUAUUUAGAGAAGAUUUUGGAACUGAUGGUCGUGGUGGAUAUUUUGAUCAGUAUGGAAUUAUCCGUGAUAUCAUCCAAAACCAUCUAUUGCAGGUUCUAUGCCUUGUCGCUAUGGAGAAGCCUGUCUCUCUUAAACCUGAGCACAUUCGAGAUGAGAAAGUAAAGGUUCUUCAAUCUGUAGUUCCUAUUAAAGAUGAAGAGGUUGUUCUCGGGCAGUACGAGGGCUAUUUAGAAGAUCCAACAGUUCCUGACGGCUCGUAUACUCCUACAUUUGCUACUAUGGUUUUAAGAUUACACAACGAAAGAUGGGAAGGUGUACCCUUUAUACUCAAGGCUGGGAAAGCUUUGAAUUCUAGAAAGGCAGAAAUCCGAGUGCAGUUCAAGGAUGUUCCUGGUGAUAUAUUCAAAAGUAAUAAGCAAGGAAGAAACGAAUUUGUAAUCCGCCUACAACCAUCAGAGGCAAUGUAUAUGAAGCUUACAGUCAAACAACCUGGACUUAAGAUGUCAACUGUUCAAAGUGAGAUGGACUUGUCAUACGGGCAACGUUAUCAGGAAGUUACCAUUCCAGAAGCCUAUGAACGUCUAAUUCUUGACACGAUAAGGGGCGAUCAACAACAUUUUGUUCGGAGAGAUGAACUAAAGGCGGCCUGGGAGAUUUUCACUCCUCUCUUGCACAGAAUCGACAGGGGAGAGUUCAAAUCAAUUCCAUACAAGCAAGGCAGCAGAGGGCCAGCGGAAGCGGAUAAGCUGCUUGAGAAGGCCGGUUAUGUUCAAACACAUGGCUACAUAUGGAUCCCUCCUACCUUAUAGAUUUCCUUACCAUAAAAAUUAGUCACUUGAGUUGCUGUGAUAUUGUAACGUUCUUGUCUUUUUUAUUUGGUUUGUAUGUUUUAUGUUGAAGCAGAAGUAAUGGAUGAUUGAAAAAAAUGCAGAAUUGGUACUCAUAGAGGCACUUUCAGAGAGAUGCAUUAAUAAAUAAUGAAAAAUAUGUGAUACAUUAAUCAUGAA